UUCAAGCUUUUGUUUUCAUUUGUAGAUUAGCAAAAUCAUCGAAACCUUAAUAAAAUAUUUUCUUGGAUGUGAUUCAAAGGAUUUUUAUUGACUCCCUUCAUCAAAAUUUCCUACAAAUUACGGAGAAGGAAGUGGAUAAGAAACUUGAUGAAGAGUUUGCAUCAUGGUUUAAAAGAUAUAUGAGUACUUGUACAAUAUCCUUCCACUUAUACUUACCUCACUUAUGAGAAACUCUAAUUAUUUUUCUUUUAUAGGCACACGUCCAUAUAGAUAAUCAGUUUAUCAAGGUCCUUGCAGAAGGUCCAUAUCAAACAGCACAACCAUGGACUGGUUAUACAGUCAACGACUUUUAAUUUCACAUUAAAAGCCGCAGUUCUUCUAAAUCAUCUAACAACAACAGUGUAUGCAUAAAAGGAACUAAUUAUAGUGUAGAUGAUAGUGACUACCAUGGCGUGCUAACUGAUAUCCUUCAAUUGGAGUACAAGGGUAGUGAGUAUAUAAAAAGAACUGUUUUAUUUAAGUACGAGUGGUUUGAUCCAACACCAAAGGUAGGAAUGAAGAUUCACCCACAAUAUAAACUUGUGGACAUCAACCAAGAAAAGAAGUUAAAGAAGUAUGAACCAUUUGUUUUGGCAAUGCAAGCGGCUCAAGUGUAUUAUACAACUUAUCCUAGCUUACGACGUGAUAAGAGUGAGUCGUGGGCUGUGUGCAAAGUAAAAGCACGGGGUUUGGUGGACAUGCCUCCAUUAUCUUCACAGUCAACUCCGACAGAUGGUGUUGAGCCCUUCCAAUCUGAGGAAGUUGGUUUAACAUUUGAUGUUGUACCUAACAAUGAAAUUAUUCUCUUUAGUGAUCCAAAUGGUGGAUUCAUAAACAUAAGAGACGAGGAUGAUGAUUUAGAUGAUGAGGUAGAACUUCAUGUUGAAUUUGGAUCGGACGAAGAUGAAGAUAUGGCACCUAGGGGAGAUGGAGCACGUAGAUAUGCUGAAAACAUGAAUUCAAACACACCGAGAUCUCAUGAGAUGUUGAGUCCCACAUCUGAUCAGUCACCCGAACCUGAUCAGUCACCUGAACCUCCAGUUACAGAAACACCACAUUUGGAUGCAACUAUAAGCAGAUCCUUACCAUCUUCUUCUUCUAAUCUUGGUACACCUGCAGAUGAAAUCUGAUUAGCAAGUUCAUCAAACACAAUUGGCGGUAACUGUAUCCCAAUUAAAAUCGUCCCUGGAGGCCAACUGGACCCGAGCAAUGACAUCACUCGGUCUGUCACAAAAAUCUUUAAGGAGAAACUGGAUCCUGAAGGACAUAAUUGGAAGUCUAUUACACCAGAGACAAAAGACUUCUAUUGGGAAGAGUUUAAGGUAAAGUUAUAGUAUUAUAAGAUCAAUAAUAUUUGGAGUUCCUUUAUCUUUCUUGAGCCGAGGAUUUACUACACUCGAUAUAAGUUGUUUUUGUUGUUAUUAUCAAUAUCUUGUGUUAUUUUCAUUUGAUCUUCUCAAAUAGAAACGAUUUUUGUGAGCACUGCAAUUGAAGGUUCCGUAAAGGAUAAGUUUAUGAGCAAAUGUGCAAAACGAUACAAGGGUAUGUUAUCUGAAGCAAGAAGUUGUGAGAAGAAGCGCAAAACUAUUCCAGUAUCUAUUUGGGACAGCUGGAAGCCUCACUGGGAGACUGAGGCUUUUAAAGCCAUGUCUGCGCAAUGCUCAAGGAAUCGGCUAACUGAGAAAGGUGGUGAAGGUUCUAGUCCCUCACGCCAUACAGGAGGAUCCAGAAGUCACCAAGAACAUGCAAGACAAAUGGCUAAAGAGCUGGGAAGACCAGCUCAUCCACAUAAGCUUUUGAAGAAGACACAUGUCAUGGUGAACAAAGAGUUUGUGUACCAGAAAUCUAAGAGCACCUAUCCUGAAGAUGGGUCCAGUGAGCCUCCUAAAGUUGAUUUCUCACAAAUUUAUUUGGAGGAAGUCGGUGUUAAGAAGACGCACAUUUAUGGUCUUGGUUCUCAAGCUCCUUUCUAUAUGCAUGUUGGUGCUUCCUCCAGCUCGAUAUCUCCACCUCAAGAUCUAGACUUCAAUGCUCGGGUGAGUGAAUGUUAGGACAUCGUUUGCAAGAAAUUAAGGAAGAGAUGAAGCAUGAUAUGAGAUCUGAGACCAGAGAAGAGAUUAGACAAGAAAUUAGAGAAGAAAUGCAUGAAGAAAUGAGACACGAAAUGCAACAAGAGGUGCGCGAGCAAGUUGAUCAACUACUCCAAAACCGUCUGUCGGUCCUCAUAGGUGGCUUACCUACACCGCAUUCUUGUAGACACGACUCGUCACCAAAUGAC